GGAAGAGAUGGGGAUAUGUUGUCAAAGAAGAGAUGUAUAUUAAAAUAAAUUGUGAGAUAGAGAAGGUAUUAUAAUGAAUAAAGGAUCUUCAUUCUAUUGUAGUGCACAAAAAUAGUUUCUGAUUGAUCAAUCAAUUUAGCUGUAUCUGACUGCAUAAAUAUCAUAUUCGCUCAGGAUAUCUUUUCAUAAUGAACUAUGCUCAUACAGCCCUAAAUGUCAUGGUUGAGGUAUCAAAACCUGCAUAUUGGGAUUUUAUAUCCCGCGGUUAAGUUGUCACGGGCAGUCCCCCAGAACCUUAGUAAACCCAAUUCUCACAUUUUGAAUCACAGCUACACACACAAGCACGCACACUGUCCCGAGAAUUUCUGUUUUGCUUGUUUCUUUACAGCAAUGAAUGCUUUCCUUGAACACCAUAACCUCUUACUUGUCGAUUCCAAGGACCCGAUUCGAGGCAGAUAUGUAAAAAGCACAACAAGAAUAACCAAGGGCACAGUUAUUAUCACCUCACAACCACUGGGCACAGUCGUUCUUCCUCAAACCGCGAAUGAGUACUGCAACUAUUGCUUCCGAAAGCAAACACAACCACCGCUUCAGCGCUGUUCACGAUGUAAAGCAACAUACUUUUGUGACAUGGGAUGUUUCCGAAAUGCCUGGUUGAGCUAUCAUCAGUUUGUGUGCACACCUGUAGAUCAGCAAGAAAAGACAAUGACUGCCGAAAAUGAUCUAGAUCUCGAAAUGCUCGAAAAGGUAGCACUGAACGUAUCGCGAUACCGCAAACGAGAAAGCAAAGAUGAGACUAGUAGUGACGAAGAAACGGUCGAUGUGACGAUGGAGGCAUUUUUCAGUCUGAUGGGACAUGAUAAGUUACAGCGUCCGGCUGUACAGAGGGCGUAUCGACAAAUCGCUCAGGCUGCGCUAAAGAAGGAGUAUAUUCGUGAGACAGGUUUGGCAGAGAACGAGCUAGUGCAUUACCUGAACGUAUUCAAGUCAAACAACUUUGCGAUCGACGAUAAGGACAUGUUUGCUAUUGGUGAAGGUGCAUACCCGAUCGCGUCACUCUUCAAUCAUUCGUGUCGACCUAACGCUGUGAUUAUGUACGAUGGAGCACUUGCUGAAAUUCAUGCAAUUGAAGAUAUUGAGCCAGAAACAGAAAUCACCGUGUCCUAUCUGGACGCGGCGCAUUCAAGGACGUAUCGAAAGCGAGUGUUGAACGACAAGUACUUUUUUGAUUGCCGAUGCCUGCGGUGCGAACGACAUGAAGAAAAGCCGUACGUGGCGCUCAUUGACGAAUUACUUGGCGAAGAGGAGUCCGAGUGGGAUCGAGCCGAUGAGAUCUUGAAUGGGGGCAAGAAUGAGGCAAGGUCGCAUGUGAUGAAACAGAUUGACGAGUGGGACCUACUAGAGAUGUGCAAGAUUUACGACCGCAAAAGCAGUGGGUGUCCUGAUCCAUCUGAGCCAAUAUCGAUAGCACAUUAUACACAUUACUUUAUCCAAUUUUUUGCGCCAUACCUACUCACCUGGAACCAACCUCAUUUGCAUCAGCAGUAUGUUGGAACCACGCGGAAGACACAGCUCACUGAUUUUGACGAUCCUCUGCCAGCCCUUGCGAAACCUCCAGUGCAGGCGACCUAUGACGAUAUCCUGAGUACAGCGAUUGAGACCAUGAAGCAGUACCCAACUUCAUCAUCGACUCUGAUACCUUACAGACUGACUACCUUGUCGGUGUGCAGCCGUCUGAUGUACGAUCAAAUGUCAGAAGGCCACUGGGAAGCUGCGGUCAAGCUAGGCAUGUACGUUCUUAUCCAAUACUGCCUAAUCUACCCACCCUAUCACCCUAUGCUCGCCCGACACUUUUUGACACUUGCUAAGGCCUGUUGGAACUCAAUCAUUCAACAGGAACUACUCAAUAAUGGAAGACAGCUUGCAAAGGUCUUUGAACGUGGUGUGCGACGAUGGAUCAUGUCCUCCAAGGAAACCGUCGCAGUAGCCUUUGGCAGGCAUAGCAGCUUGUGGAGAGAGACAUUGGAAUUAGAAUGGAUCUUUCUAAGAGAGCAGAAUUUGAAAUAGUGUUUUUAUUGUAUGUAUCUAUAUUUAAUUUGAAAACAAAUGGCAAUGAUCAGCACUGUGAGCCAAAAUAAUAGCAGUGUAUAAUAAAACCAAAGCAAACUCUUCAAAGGGCCGCUUAGUAUGUCAAUAUUGUCACCCAUGUAGAACGAAUCAGUGAUGACGUUGUUCAUAUGAACAAGUACAGUAGAAGUGUUAAACGAGGAGGACACCUUGAGUUUAUCCAGCGAGAUGUAGGAAGCAUUGGCCUAAACGGAAAAAAAAAGUUAGCAACG